ACUGGGUCACCAGGGUCUUCUUGCACCUACAAUAUAUUUAACCUAAACGCCUCACUUAGCAAUUUUAGCCCAUCUCGACGAUACUGUUGUGUUCUAGACUGAGAUAAUUAUGAAUGAAAUUGUGUUGCUUCUUCUGUUAAUGUCGAUAACCAACGACGUUGCUGCGUCACGAAACAGUGUCAACACGACUGAUCAGAAAACGAUUUGUGCACAAAGAGCUGAUACACUUAAACUAUUGUAUGGACACGAUGGUGAACCUGGUGUGCCAGGAGCAAAGGGUGAGCAAGGCCCAAAAGGCUAUGCUGGAAUGGUAUUCUUUAAGGGUCCCCGCGGACCUCCUGGAGGAAGAGGUACACCGGGAUACAAUGGUAUGCAGGGAAUGAAAGGAGAUCCUGGUGAACCGGGAGUGCCAGGUGUUAACGGUAAGGACGGUUUGACUGGUGAAAAGGGUUCCAUUGGUUUCUCUGGUCCACUUGGACUUCAGGGGGACAGAGGAGCAAAGGGAGAAGCAGGUCAAAAGGGUCAAAAAGGAAGUAAAGGAAAGGCCGGCGCUAAGAUGGAACAGGAAAUGGAGAUAUACACACUUAAUGACUACUUCGUGUCCCAGAGUGGUUAUUACAACAAUCGCUAUCACGUUACAUCACGUGUUCUAACUGACGGAAGAUCAGACACCGGUGGUUGGGGCAGCGAGUCAGAAAAUGCUGGGAACUAUAUUCGAGCAACUUAUAUUCGCCCUGUUUACGUCACGUCAUUAACAGUAGCUGGAGGUUUCAUAUCAUCUUGGGGUCAUGAUGUGAAGCCAGAAUACGCGGACCUGGACUUGGAAUAUUCUUUCGAUGGCAAAAGUUGGUUAAAGGCACGAACUGUUCCUGCACCUGUGCAAAAUGCUGAGAUGAUCUUUUACGACUUGCCUCAGCCAGUCACUGCGAAGUAUUGGCGUCUCAGAUCAACUGAAAACAAAUGGGCCGGAACAACUGAAUUUUCUUUGAAACCUUUGAUUAGACAAUAAGUCCAAGUUGCCUUUAAGAAAUUAUAACACAAACAGCAAAAUUUUUUGUAAACUUUUCAAUUUAUUUUUCUUAAUUGUUUUUCUUGAUCCUUUCAAAUUACAAUUUUAUAUCUACUUGUUUCGUGAAAAUAUUCUGCGUGCAUGGAUAUCUUAAUAAAUAUUUGAAUUUAUCAUGAGAUUGGCAUAUCAAAGCAGGUUUUCUAAAUAGAUAUCAAACUAAGCAUAUCAAAUCAAAUAAAUUAGAGAAUGUAUCACCUUCGUGGGUCAAUCUCGGUCAAACUCGUUUCCCAAUUAAGUCCGCGAUUUCUUCCGGCGAUGAAAUAAAGGCUCCGAGAACGGGAAUAAUCCAAACCGUGUGAAUUGCAUUACAACAUGCCACCGGCGUACGUGAACGACCAAUCAGAAUCAUUUGUGAUGACCAAUCAGAAUCAUUUCUGAUUUCGAUAUCUUUUUAUCCUAGAUAAAUGGUUUAAUUCUCCUUAGGAGGCUCCCAGGACGAGUUUUUCCAAGUAGAGGGAUGGACUGGUGUGGAGUUAUCGCAUACAGGAACUCGGACUCAAAUACCC